AUGACUCUACCCUAUGUCCAGGGCAGGCACGUAUUCGCAUCACGCGAGGCUGGUGACAGGACCCACGAAAGCGCUCUUCCCUUCUCGGCCUCAUUCUCCCUCUCGCCUCAACCCCCUUCUCUCUGUUCCAGCGCCAGUUCUGCCUUGCAGUUCUUUCGUUUGUACUUUCUUUUACCCACACAGUCGGAAUGCCCUAGGGCUUGCCGCGAUUUGAACAGGUUAAAGGUAAUCGUUGGACGGACACAAGUAUACACUGCCAAAUUUCAUAACUCUGCCAUGGCGAGUUUCAUUGCCAAACAACUCAUUGGAAAUCAACUAGACUCCGUCAAGGGUGCUCUUGGUGACAAGAAAGAUGAAGGUGGAUCAUCAGGAGCACGGGAAAUCGACCCCGAAGUGGAGGAGGCUCUGCGCGAGGCUGAACAGAGACGACAGGAGAAGCACCGAAAGAUGGAGGAAGAACGUGAAGCCAUGCGGCAAAACAUCCGUGAUAAGCGAACUUUUCCGGAUUGUUCACUGCGACGGCUAGUGUCUCUCACUUCAGUUAUUAACGGCAGUUCCGCAGGAAACGGGACCAUGGUAGUUGGCGAAGGUAUGCUGCCGGAGAACAUGCGUGGAAUUGCCUCGAAAGUGACUGAAGCGCCUGGCAAGUUGAUAUCCGAGGCCACGGAGAAAUGCACACUUUCAUAG